AUGUUGGAUCUGUCUGAUGCCGGUCUAGGGGAAGGCCUCCACCCAGCGUUCCCCGCGCCUCCAGAACCGUUGGCAGCCAAUUCCACCGUUGCGGGCGCUCCUGUAUUGGGCUCUGCCGCGGGUGCCGCAGUUAUAGUUGCACGGAGACUGCUUGGACUGUCAAUACACGGCUGGGGGCUGAAGGGUCCAGCUUACGGGACACUCCUUUUCCUUGGCUACGGCUUGUACAGAAACGAGAUAUACGAGCGUCGGGCGGCGCGCGCGGUGCUGGACCGCCAAGGAACAACGAUUCCAUCCCGUACCCUCUUGGUGAAGAAUGGAGUUGUUCAGCAAGAUGACUACCUCGUUGCAGGCUGCGCCAUCGGCAUCUUAUGUGCGUUAUCCAAGAGGGUCGCCCCGAGUACGAUCGGCUGGCUUCGAUACGUCGGUGCAGCAUCCUGGGGCGGCUGCGGGGGAUAUCUCAUCUUCACUCCACUCAACUCCAAAGUCUCAGAUCCUGCGACGGGUCUUUACACAAGGCGACUGCAACAAGCACGUUUGCUCCAGAAAGAACUCGCUGAAAAACAUGACUUGACUGUUGCCGCCAAAUCCCUAUCGCCCUUUUCGCCAAGCGUCCAACAGUCCCAGGAUGAAACGCCAGAGACAUGGCCACACCGCUACGGCUUGGAUCCGCGGUGGGGACGCAUCUUCAUUCCCUCUACAGACUACACAUGGGUGCCAGCUUCUUCCGAAGAAGGGAUCAGGACUCUCGAGGAGCAUCUCAAAACACUUGUAGAGAGAAGGACAAGGGAGGUGACAGAAGCCGAGUUCAUCUGGCACGAGCUUGCAGACAGGGAGACGGCGUUUCAGUGCAUGACAGAUGACAAGGCCAGGGAUGCCUCACGCAGAGCGCUUGAGCUACUGGGCAGCACGCACCACAAGCUUUGGGAUAGCAUCUCAGGACUAGAUUGGAUGAUUGCAGACACCAAGAAGCGCAUCCUUCAGCUGGAGGCCAAGCAAAGCGGCCGCACCUGGACACCGGCUCCUGGGUUCAUCGACAGGGCGAAAUUCCGCCCUGACCUAUGCGUAGAGAUUUUCAGAAGACACCUCUCAAAUCUAGAAGAGGUGAACCGGGUUUUUGACGCAGCGAUGACCGAUCGAGAGUUUUCAAAAAUGCCGAAAGACGCCCAGCUGACGUUGCGAGGGCAUAAAUAUCAGCUACUGCAGAACAUCGAGGCGACCAAGGCAGCCAUAAAAGAGUUCGAGGCACGCCUCGACACGUCGAGUGUUGACGAGUGGAUGCCGGACUCGAAGAACUCCUAA